UUAGCUAUUUAAAGACGCCUUUUACAAAGUCAAAUGUUAUAUUUUAGGGCUCAUUGAAGAUUCUCUGUAAGCACGGAAACAUUAAACCGUGCUGAUUCUGAAUGGAGUCUGGUGUCUCUGUCUCUGCGUGACUGGAAAAACAUCACAUGUGCAGGAGGAAACUAAACAACCCUUAAUGUUGUAACGCAGACACCCUGCAGGCCAAACCCCAUUACAGCCUCUGACAGGUUAAGACGCUUUGCAGAAGACUUGAUCUCUGUUGGUAUUUUAGGUUUCAUGUUUUCUCUGCGGAGUGGUUCCUCGUGUCGGUGGAGAGGAUCUGUGCAGUUCGGACUCGGAGCUCCAGCAUCUCUGCGGAGGAUCAGGAUGCUCUUCACGUCCUCCUCAUCCUCCUCCUCCUCCUCGCCGACACAGACCCUCUGAUCCUCCGGACCCGCUGCUGUCUCCAGACCCGGACCCCGGUCGGACGCGUCCCCGCUCCACGUCCUGUCCAGACCCGGACCCAUUGUCUGUUGGUUUAAACGCUGCAUUCUACAGAAAACCCGGACCUGAGGAUCCGUCUGGGGGGCUGACGGAACCUGGACGCACCAGCUGCACGCGCACACCUCUGAUAUAUCCUGUCACCUGUACCUGCUCACCUGUGAGCGGACACAUGUCUCAGAUCCAGCACGCGGCUCCGGACCAGCCGGGCCAGUACAACCAGAUCUGCACCCGCAGCAGCAGCGGCUCGUGUCCGGCCCCCGCCGGGGGACCAGAGCCGUGCUGCCCGGGCCACAGGAGCCGGACCCCCCGCAGGAAGUGGCAGGUGUUCCCCGGACGGAACCGGUUCUACUGCGGCGGAAGGAUCAUGAUGGCGAGACAGACCGGAGUCUUCUACCUGACCCUGGUCCUCAUCCUGCUCACCUGCGGCCUCUUCUUCACCUUCGACUGUCCCUUCCUGGCGUCCAACCUGACACCGGCCAUCCCGGCAGUUGGCGGCGUCCUCUUCAUCUUUGUGAUGGGGAUGCUGUUCAGGGCAAGUUUUACCGACCCCGGUGUCCUGCCCCGAGCCACACCGGACGAGGCAGCCGACCUGGAGAGGUCAAUAGACUCGCUGGGCUGCUCCAGGCCGCCGCCGCGCACUAGAGAGGUCCUGAUCAAUGGGCAGACGGUCAAACUGAAGUACUGCUUCACCUGCAAGAUCUUCAGGCCGCCGCGAGCGUCUCACUGCAGCCUGUGUGACAACUGCGUCGAGCGCUUCGACCAUCACUGUCCGUGGGUCGGGAACUGCGUUGGACGGAGGAACUACCGCUUCUUCUACCUCUUCAUCCUCUCGCUGUCCCUCCUCACCAUCUUCAUCUUCGCCUUCGUCAUUACACACGUCAUCCUCAGAUCAAACCGGACAGGAUUCCUGAGCGCGCUCAAAGACAGCCCGGCCAGCGUCCUGGAGGUGGUGGUGUGUUUCUUCUCCGUCUGGUCGAUCGUCGGUCUCUCUGGGUUCCACACCUACCUGAUCAGCUCCAACCAGACCACCAACGAGGACAUUAAAGGGUCCUGGUCCACCAAGCGAGGGAAGGAUAACUUCAACCCCUACAGCUACGGAAACAUCCUGACCAACUGCUGCGCUGCCCUGUGUGGACCUCUUCCUCCCAGUUUGAUUGACAGGAGAGGGCUGAUCCAGUCUGACACGCCACAGACCGUCUCCCAGUCCAACGGGACCAGCGGCGCCGGCUACGCCUCCACCCAGCUCCACAGUCGCAUGUGUGAUCAGGAUCAGUGCAUCCAGAGCACCAAGUUUGUCCUCCAGGCCGCCACCACCCCUCUGAUCCACAGCGACCCCGUGGUGCUGGCGCCUCUGCCAGGGAAGACCGCCACGCUGGGGCGCCCCUGCGCUUACCUGGCCCCCUCCCAGCCCUCCCUGCCGUCCUGCGGGGGAGACGUCCUCACCCUGAGGGACGCCGCCGCCGACUCCCGCUGCCACCAUCACCUCCACCAUCACCACCAUCACCACCACCACCACCACUUCGUCAGCCCGGAGGAGACGCCGUGUACUACGCCGCAGGGCGCCCUGCCCUGCCCCGCCCACCUGAACUUACACCCCCACCCGCCUGUCCCCUCCCCCUCCGCCCUGUACGACCCAUCCAGUCAGGACGCCCUGCACGAGGACUCCGUCAGAGGGCUCGUUAAACUCAGCUCCGUCUGAGCCGAGCCGCUUCAGACUUCACGAGGAUCCUCCUCCUGCUCCUCCUCCUCCUGCUCCUCAUGAAGUCUGUUUCCAGCUAAAAACAAUAAACACUUUACCCAGAAUAAGCUACUCUGCUGCCAAACGGAUGUCAACCUUCAGCCACAGGCGGACCGGGACCAAAGUCCAGUGGACCUUUUUUUUUUUUUCUCUCGUUUGAUUGAAGCGACUUGUGAAGUUUCUGAUUGUUUACGUGAAACAAAGAGAAUCGACUGUUUUUCAGACUGACCCGGCGGGAAUCUUCAGGUUUUUCAUUUGAUUCUGGGGACACAAACAAAAAUACCUGCAGAGUUCAUCGGUUCGUGAGCAGCGUUCAGCCGGACGAUUCCCAAACUUUCACUUCAAGUAAAGUUUUCGCAGUCAGUUCAGCUUCCUGUCCGUCCCGACAGAGCUGACCUCUGAGUGGACGGAUGGAUAAUAAGACCUGGACGCGGCGGCUUGCCUCAAACUUUGCAGCCCAAAAAGCUUGUCCCCCAUUAAACAGAUGCACCUAAAAAAAAUUUGAAUAUCGUGGAAAAGUUUAUUUUCUUCCAUAAUUAAAGUCAAAAACUGAAACAUUCGUGUAUUUUAGAUCCACUACACGUAAAGUUUUUUUGUUUUAAUCUUGAUGAUUACGACUCGUGGAAAUCAAAACUCCAGGAUCUCAAAAUGUUUUAGAAAUUUAGAAUAAAGAGUUUAUAAUGCAGAAAGGUUGACCUGAAACUUUACCCUCUCAGUCUGAUUCUGCUGCUCGGCAUUUUCAGAUUUUUUUAGAUGCACGUGUAAAAGAAAGUGAAGCUGCUGACAGGACAUUUUGAACUGCAAACAGGGUCAACAAUGACUCUGUCUAUUAUGAGGUUUUGAUCCACGGAGGUUCCUCGAGCUGAGAAACACAACCGUUCACAUUCAGUGGGCCACAAACCCCAGAAGGAAACCUGUGAAGCUAGAAACCUGUUUGCCGUGAGCCAACCCUCCAGGAAGUGUCUCUGCUUUGAAGCCAAUCUGACACAGCGGCCAGACGGUGUAAUUACAGCUUCCUGGUCACAUGAUGCACACUUACCCCAUAAAAUAAAUUAUCCCACAGACUUAACACUGUGAGAAGAAGAGGCUGUAAAACAGGGGAUCAUUUUGACCCCGGAGACUCGUUUCACUGUCAGAAUUUGAUCCAAAAACCGAAAACAUUUUGAAAGUCUUGAUAAGCUGCACGAUUAAAUCACCUUUAGGUCUAGUAACACAUCCAUGGCAGGGAGUCCAAACUGGAGGACGCUAUUGAUCGAAAGUCUAUCAGAGUGUGAAGCUGAUGAUACACGGGGAAACUUUUUGAGUAAUGUUGCUGGGCAAUCUUGCUGGUGGCAAGUCCGACUAUGUUUUGAACGGAUGCUGCUUCAAACUGGACGUCUGCAGUGACGUGAAGCGCGACAUGUUUAUUAACAUUUAAUCUAAACCACCAACGUGUCGCUUCACUCGCUCUGAAGACUGUUGCUUCUGAACAGAAUGUUUUUCACCACAACGUCGAAACUUUCAGAACAGCCGUGACUUGCAUCCUGUGUGAUAUUAAAAAGACUUAAAUUUAGUGAACCUGCAGAAACGCUGUCAGCGAUGUGAGACUUAUUAAAAAACAAGUAAUGCCUUAUUUUUUAUUUGACGUAUUCAAUGUGAGAUCUGUGUCCAUCCGGCAGAGAUGCAUGAUGCUCAGAUUAACUGGAAUCAUUUCUGACAUGCAGGUUUUUGACUCCGUGCAGGUGAACUUUGUUAAAUAAAUCUGCAGCGUCGUGGUGCAGCUGAAGGCAGAUAUGAACUCUGAUGUUGACUCAUGUUGUCUUCACUCUGGUGACGAUGUAUCUUAGUAACAGACAUUUAUCAUCCAAUCAGAUUUGACCCGCCGAUUGGAUGAUUGAUAACUUCCAGUCUCUGUGUGCCAUUUUUCAUUCAGUUCAAUGACAGAAACAUCUGCACAGAUUGUGGUUUUGUGCCAAGAAUUUCUCCUCCCGCUGUUUACAUUACUGUGGAUUUCAAUAAAACACACUUUUAAAAAAGAAA